AAAUACUUCAAUUUUUAAACUUGUUUUUCCCCCACGCACGCACGAUUACCUCCGGAAAUCCCCCAAAUCAAAACCCUAAUUUCAUCUCAUCCCAGUUGCGCUUCUGUGGACUGUGGGAAUCAAUUAAAAACCAGUAACAAUGGAAUCCUGGAUUCCACUGUUGCAAGUUUUUUUAAAUUCGACAUGCCCUGAGACCGAAGCUUCAAAAUGGUUGCAAGAGAUGUUCAACCCUCCUGUGUCCAACUCCCCACCCAUUUCUACCACAUCUUUCCUUACACUGCUUAUGAGACCUUCAGACACCGCUUCUGUUCAACAUUCUUCUCCACAAGAAAAAAGGGUUAUGUGGAUUCAGACGCUGCCUAGUGUAGUUCAGGCCCGAAUUUUAUCGUUUCUUGCAUAUGAGCAUCAGAGAUUUUGCACGAGGGAAUUGUGUAGACUUGCUAGGGUUUUGCUGAGUGAGGGCAAAGGUGUGGAUUUUUGGGUGAAAAAAACUGCUCAGCAGCUGCUUGACUUGGUAUCUGUAUCUAAUUAUCAAUGGCUCUCUCAUUUGAAUUUGGACUCUGAAGAGGAUACUGCGGAGGACGAGUUCUAUAUGAUGCCGGAUUGGGUUAGGGAUGCCGCUAAAGAUAAUGAAUCGGUGUUUCCUUGGCUCCCAAUGUCAGCUGAUGAACUAAGCGAUAAAAUGCCCUUGACUAGUAAUGGAGGUGAUGGGGAUGUUUUGCUGAUUGAUGCUGAGGAGAGUAAACAGGAAAAUAUUGAUGAAGAGAUGGUAGAGAUUGGUGAGGAUGAUGUGAAUAUUGAUGGCCCUGUUGACGUUGAAGCUGAAAAAUUGGCUAAAUCUUUAAAAACCGAGCUUCUGCAUAUAGACAGUAGUUUGAAAGCUGUGGAAUUGGCUAAGAAAAUUCGCAAACUUUGUUGCGGUGGUAGAAGAAACCGUUUGGCGAUUUUGAACUUGAUUGAGCCAUGGAGUGCAGAUGAUGAAACUGCAGCUGUUUUAAUGUCUCAUAUGUCUGAUGAAAGUGAAGCUGAUGAAAGUGAUUGGCCAGCUCAUAUUUUGUGCUCUAUAGUCCUCCCUAAGUUUCUAGUCCUGAGCGAACCGUCUUCUCGUGUACUGGUGAAUGCAACAAUAGAGUACUGCAGGGCUCAUCAAAGGGCUGCUGAAUAUGCCCUUUUGUUUCCAUUAGUUCUACGAAAGGAUGGUAUGAACAACCCCGUCUGUGAUGUGAUCACUCGAGUAGUUAGAGAAUGCAUGCAUCCUGCUCAUGUUUCUGCGUUUUGCCAAAAACUCCUUACCCAAGAUGAAGAUGAGUGGAGAUUCAUCUGCCUUCCUUGUCACCGAUGUUUGAUUAGUGAGGAAUUGGUGUGGACCGAGUCACUAUUUAGCUUAUGGCGAAACAUUUUGGAUCAUAAUGUUCAUUUGAUGCAAGAUUCAGUCGAUCAACUUGUUAACCAGGUUUGCAAGUAUAGUAGUAGGUAUUCAAAAUCUUUAAAGUUUGCUAAUUUUCUGUUAUGCCUAGUUAACAAGUGUACUCCAUUAUUGAGGUCACACAAGCUUAUUUUAACUGCGGCUGUUGAGAACUCUGACACCUUGGUUACCAAAUCAAUACUGUCAAAACUGUCUGCUUUGUAGUUCCUCUUGCUUUUGUCAAAUGUUAAGUUACGUUCUUUGGGCUUAUAUACUCGUAUAAAGUAUGACAAUUCACUGAGUUUAGAAUUUGUGGUAAAAAAUCUAAACUAAAUUUGACUCAGUUUUAAACUAUGUACUGUGCUUUUCCAACCUGCUUACCUGAUGGAAACAUCUUGGCGAUUUUUCCUUUUGGUUCAGUUUGAAUCCAAUGCAGCCAAGUUUAUUACGUAAUCCAAACAUGAAUUGUGAAAGCCCAUUAUUUCUUCCAUUAUGAAAAAUAGCCUUGCUACGGUUUUAGUUUUAAAGGGCAAUUUUCUUCUUCUUGCUGAGGAUCUGAAGAAUUAUUCCUCCACAUUAGUUUAAAAAGUUCUAUUAGUGGAGGUGGUGGUUGAGAAUGGUCACAGGAUAGCAAAAGGAUAAACCUGGCAAUUCAUUUUCAGUAAACUCUUGCAUAUUUGUUUCUAUGGAAUGAAGAUGUGUGGGUACCAAUGAGAAGAUAAGGAAGGAUCCCUUAGUCAAUACAUUUCAAACUUCUUCUCUUGCAUAUAAUCCAUCAUUAACUUUAGGAGCUGAAAGUUAAGGCAUAGUGGAAGUAGCUUCUAGAACUUCGAGAGAGAGAGAAAAUACAAAAAUCUGAUGCAAGGGAAAUACAAGCUUGGGUUGUAAGUUACUCGACUGUAUAAUAUGAGUAGCUAUCAGUUUGGGCAGGGUUCCAAGUUCCCACUAGCCAAGCUCUUAAGGGACUGAAACCGGAUGAGCUUGUCCUCAAACUUGUUGAGCUUUGGAGCGGGUGAUAUUAUGGCAUCUCCUGCGGGAUUGUAAAAGGUUGCAACAGAAAGCCUGCUUAUGUUCUUCAUAGCCAUACACGUGCAAGGUACUCUUAUAUUCUCCAUUACUUAAAUUUUUUUACCUAAUUUUUAAUUUAUUGUAAUAUUUUUAUUUAUUGUAUUUUAUUUUAAUUAAUGUAAUGUUGGAAUUUAAUUUUAAUGAAAUGUUGAAUUUUAAAAUUGAAGAGUAAAAAUUAGAUAAAAUGAAAAUGGAGAUUAUUAUAGCGCGUCAUUAUAGAGUCAAUGCACUGAAAAUGGAAGGCGCUAUGGUGGGGACCACCUUAUAGCGCACCUUUCUAGCGUCUCCCACUGGAGAUGCUCUAAUGAGACAUAAAAAACUAGGUGACAAAUGAUCCGAAACUCAACCUAACUGGCUAACACUGCACCCAUAGUGGAUGGGUGGUAGUGGUACUGUCACGUGGCUACGAAUGCGACAAAUAUCGAAAGAUAAGCUUAUCUAAUGUUGUUCGUCUUAUUUAUAACAUACCAAUCAAAUAUUAUCACACACACACACACACACACACUUGCUUCUUCUGCUCUAUAUAUCCGCAAAAUCAAUCAACGUAUAACUUGUUCUCUAAAACCUAUUUUGUGAUUUUUUUUAUGACUUAUGUUGUAUGCAAAAUGUACCAUAGCCUAGCUAGGGUCUAGAGCUCCAAGACCCUCCCAACAUAAAAGGUCUAAUUUAUUGAAUAACAAACAUUAUUCAUUUUAUAAUUAUUUGGUUUUGAGUGAUAAGAUAUGGUUAAUUUAAUUUAAGUGUUUGAUUUGCAUGAUCCAGACAUGUGAUGAAUAAUUCGGCCCCGCACCCUACUUAUGCAAUUGAGUUAAUUAUUUAAUCAUCCUCUACUCCUAUUAAUUUUAUCGAUCUUAUCUGCAUUAUCCAUUAUUUUAUGUAUUACUCUCAUGCAUGUAGCUAUUUUUGAAGUGAUGAGACAGAACAGAAGGAAUGCUAUCACUCUAUGUGUCCAUUCAUUUUAGGUGGAACGAAGGGAUUGCUACUUUGCUUGGGCCCAGCUAAUAGGCCUCGGACAAAUAUGAUCUUAUUGGAAAAAAAAUAUUAGAAGCUCUAGUGGCGCAUGAAUAGCCAAUGAACAUCUUUCUCUUUCGAGACUUAGAAAAUUUAACAUAAGUUUUUUUUUAAAAAAAAUGAAAUUUAACAUGACUUAAAAGUGCUAGAAGCAAAUGAUGUUUUAUUUCUUAUUUUAUAUGUAAGAACUAGAAAUAGAAUCUAUAAAAUAUUAGGAAGGUGGCUGAUUGUGUGACCCUAGAAAUUCUUUUUUGACAUUGGGGGCGGGGAAGCGGUGGAGUUUGAACUCUAAACCUCACUGUUUGUUCGUAGACAGGAGUGCGCACCGCUUGGUGUCCCCUUGGAGAAAUUAAAGACCUCAAUCAAUAAGAAAUUGUAGUUAAACGGAGCUACUUAUUAGCUUGCCUAUAUGUACGUGUGCAGCUAGAAAGAAACUGAUCCCCCAUCAUGCAGCUCAAAUUAAAUGAGUUUAAGCCAUCAUUUAUUAAGAAACUCGUACAAAUACAAGUAAAAUAAUAGUUUCUCCGAUCCCAUGGCGCUGAUAACAUUUCCAAGAAUAGUAGUAGACUAGUAGUUGCUCCAGCUAAUAAAUCUUCUUCAUCAUUUUAUCCUGGUUUUCUUCAAAUCCUGCCUCCUUCCUCCCUUUUACCUGCUCCAUCAAACGGCAAAUUACAGGUCAUAUAUAUAUAUAUAGAUUAUAUUUUAUGAUUAUAACAUUAGAAUAGUAAAUAUUCUUACACGUGUGUUUGAACAGGAUGUGAUGAAGCUAGCAGAAGGGCUGCUGAUGCAGCCGGAACAGUGACGAGGGAUGGGAGCGUGAAGAAGAUGCACAGAAAUGGAACGUGGGAGAAUUGGUGGCAUAUCGACAGUGAUAGUUUGUUGGGGAUAACUACUACUGCAAACGGUGAUCUUAUCGUUUACGAUGCUCUUCAGGUAACUUGGGCUGGACCGGGCCAAUGAUCGAUCACAAAGAUACUAUAGCUAUAGGGCGUGUUUUGAUCUGAAGCGUAGGGAUAUUGUUUCAGUUGAUAUUUCUUGAAUGAAUUUUUGAUUUACCCCUAAAAAAAAUACAUUUUCUGCCCAUAUAGAUCUCUUUCAUGACUGAAUUGCAUUGCAUGAAAAUUGCGUGGGGAUCUUUUUAAUCUACUUGUGUGUUCUUUUUGUUGAUAAAUUUAUCAUGAGAAAAUAAAGGAUAACAAAAAUUUCUCCUUUUAAAUGUUUUAUUUAUUUUCCCUCAUUUUCUACAAAAAUGAAUUUCACCAUUUCUUAUUCAUGAACGAUGGAAAAGAAAGAUUGGAUUUAAAAAAAAAAUUAAUACUCCCUCCGUCCCUGAAAUAAGUUCAUCUUUUUCCAUUUUGGGACGUCCCCCAAAUAAGUUCUUCUUUCUUUAUUUCUAUUUUUGGACAACUACCCCACCACUAAUAAUACUUUAUUUAUUCUUACUUUUCACUUUUUCACCACUCCCAAUACUAAUUAUAACACUUUUUCACCUUUUCACCACUCCCAAUACUAAUUAUAACAUAUUUUUCUCCACUAUCAAUACACUUUACCAUUUUCCUUAAAACCCGUGCCGUCCCCAAAGAGGAACUUAUUUUGGGGACGGAGGGAGUAUCUUUUUUGUAUGAUAAAUUUAUCGAUCGAAGAGAACGUAUCUAAGUAAAAAUUUAUUUAAAAAGCUUCGCAGACGAUGUGAUCGGAUCAUCAGACGGCACAUUAUACUUUAGCGUUGGGAGCACGAAAUUCGGGUUCCAUAGUUGGCAGCUGGAUCUGCUGGAGACGGAGCCUCAUGGACGUCUCCUCAAAUACGACUUCUAUAAUUCUCGACGGUCUUGCGUUUGCAAACGGCGUCGCGCUCUCUGCGGACCAACAUUACUUGCUCGUCUACAAAACGUGGAAGUAAGUCUGCUUCAUUUUCAAAAAAUAACACACGCUAAUUAGAACGUUUUCAUAAUUGGAUCAGGUAUAGAUGUUUGAAAUACUGGCUGGAAGGAGACAAGAAGGGAGAAACAGAGAUUUUCAUUGCGGAAGGCCAGGCAACAUAAAUUUUUCUCCAUAUGGCUCCUUUUGGAUCGCAUUGCUACAAGUUUAACUUAAUUACUUUUUCUUUCUUUUUUUCUAUAGUUGAAACCUUAUUUAUGCAUUGCAGAGUAAUCCCAUGUGGUGUACAAUUUGCCUGGGUUGCAAUAUUUAACAGAAUUCCUUAGCUAAUGAGUGAUUAAUUCAGUUGAGAAAGCAAUGGUGGUGAAUGUAAGAAGCAAUGGGAAGAUGAUUAGAUGGUUUGAUGAUCUAACAAGAAAGAUGAUGAGGUUUGUAACUUCAGCGGUACAGUUUUGUACUUUGGCACUCUCUACAAUGACUUUGUUGGAAAAUUACCCCUAUAAUUCUCUAUUGCUACUCUUCAAUAAACUAUUUUCAUACUCAUAUUUUGCACUUAUCAA